AUGCCGCCAACACUUGAUCUCAGCAGGGCGUCCCACGCCAAAGUUGUGAUAUCACCACCACGAAUCAACCUCCGCCGAGCAGCAUCGUACAACCACGACCGGGGACUGCUAUCUUCGACAUCCUCACGGUUCAACUUUAACCACCUGGUUUUCUCCCCGCCCCCGUCCCCCGGCCUGCCUUCACUUUCACCGCCCGCAAAGAAACCGACCCGUCGAUUUUUCGGAACCAGACGGCCACUUCGGGCGGUUCGCUAUGCGAUCCGAUUGCUGAGUGUCGUCGCAGUCUUUUUUGCGGCACUGGAGGUUCUGACAUGGCUAUUUGGCGAGCCAGUGCCGCCAGCGUCAACAGAAUUGCCGGACUCGGUGAAAGAGAUGGAGCUCAAGACGGGGAUGGUUUCACAGAACGAGGCCCCAGAUUUCCCAACUCCGAUUGUCGUGACCGAUCACCGAGGACGCACAAAGUGGACGGUGUCGAUACCACCUGGUUCAGCGUUCCCCUUACCGGCAGACCAAUACUCAGAGAUCUGUGUUCAGUGCCGGCAAGUUGCGGAGCGGGCUCGGGAACUACAAUCUCAUGCGCAUGGACUGCACCAGGUUUCCCUGGGAUUUGGGUCCGACUCGACGGAUGAAUUUAUCGAUGUACAGGAAGCGGAACGGGCCGGGUUUCUUCCGAGCCCAGGGCUAGACGGUGGGAGCACCUUGAAAAAGGGCGCGGAAGGGGAAGUGGUGUGCAAAAAAAGCCUGACGUAUGUUCUCGAGUCGGAUGAUGCAGGGUUGGGCAAAACGUUGAUGAUGCUGUGGAUUGCUUAUGGGCUCGCUGAGGAGGAAGGGCGUGCGUUCUUCGUUGAUGAUACUCGAUGGGGUUAUGGCAAGUUUUCCGCUAUCUUCCAGCCGCCGCCACCCCCAGGAUGCAUGGCACCGCCGAGCCACGAGGUACUACCAUGCCCGCGACAUGCACGGCACCUAGUUGCAUCCGCCGCAACUAUGGAUGUGUUAUUCGGAAGUUUGACCGAGAACCCGGAUCCCCCCUCUGAGACGCGGGGCCAAACCUUGCGGAAAGCCCAGUUUAGUCUGGCUCGCAGGGGCUACGAGGCGCUUGCUCGACUAAACGACGACGACGCGGCUUACGUCGAUGAUCGGGUUCGCCAGCUCGUGGCCGUGAGAGCCGCACCGGAGACCCAGGAUCAGCGCAAGGGGCUCGCGGUCGGUGUCCACAUCCGUCGUGGCGACCAACAUCCCCUCGCAUCCCAGUACCGACAUUCGUACAUGCCCCUCAACCUCUUCAUCGACACCGCUUACGAGAUUAUCGACUCCUACUUCAACCACACCGCCAACGGGCCUCUCAGCCUGCGAACCACUAGCGACGAGGACGCCGCGGCCGCCAGGGAGCGCAGCAUCGUUGUGGUCGCAUCCGACGACCCGGUGGUGUAUGAAAGUAGCGAGUUAUCAGGAACGCGCCGUGCCCAGGAGCGCAUCAAGCUAGCCAGCAAGGAGAACCUGGAGCAAGCCACGCGGGACAAGUCAAUCAUGCGCAAGUUCGUCGACGAAUCGUUUGGCUGGGAGGGUGGAUUCUUCGCUGCCAUGUUUUGGAACCUAGGCGUCGCCUCACCACAUGCCGGCGACGGCGCAGACGGCAGCAGCGCAAGUACUGGAAGCGGCGAUCACCCGCCGUCCGCGGAAACCCUGCGGCUGAGGAGCCUGGUCGGCCGCGCGUACAUGAUGGAUCUGGCAGUGCUGGCUGGCGCGAGCGAUGCGAUUGUUUGCACUGUUAGUGCAGUGGGGUGUCGGCUGCUAGCCGUCAUGAUGGGAUGGGAGGGUGCGAUCGAAGCGGGGAAUUGGGUGAACAUUGAUGGAGGGUACGGGUGGAUGGGGUUGGAGUGGUGA